AUGUCAUUCGUCAAACGUAUUGGCGUAACUUACGGCACGUUUGUAGCCGCGAAUUAUUUGUCCAACUAUGUUCUGUUUCCAAAUAAAAAGUUGGACUACGGUUUUCUGAAUAGAUUACUCGGCCGAGAAGUUAAUACCGAAUGGUGGGGAACACGUACUGCGCAUAUCGUGACGAUUGCACUACCACUUGCAGUUGCGGAUCAUCUAUCAAUAGAUAUCUGGAAUAAGUUCUUAUUACCACGACUGAAAUAUCCGGCUGGUACCAAACUUUCCAUUGUUCAUACUCCAGGCCCUUAUCUAUUCCACAUAGUAGCCUUUGCUUUUACUGGUAUCAUGGCAUACGUAGCAUAUGAUGCCUAUGUCAAUCCAUUACACAAGGAUCGUAUGAAAGCAGUGACAUCAAAGGUGUAUCCUGAGUUACAAGGAUGUCAAACGAUGUAUAUGCUUCCCCUUACAGGAAGAAUUGUAGAAUAUCUGUCUGGAAAACCAUGUCCACAUGGCACAUUACUCGGUCUUAUUCCUCCCACUGCGGCUUUUGUUACAGUCAAAGGUUUCGGUAUGAAAUGGCCAUGGAACGACAAUUUGACUCCAUUCGAGAGAAAACUCAAUAACGAAUAA